CCAGGCCAGACUGCUGAGCUGUUUCUAUGGUGCUACAUCAGAGGCUCAGGAGUCAUUCCACUCAGCCAAUCAGAUGGCUUGUGGCUUGCAGGGGCUCAGUGUGGGCUGUGGCAGCUAAAAGAGAGAGUUUUUGAAGUUACUUUUGCUGUGGUUUGGAGUUAGUUCAGGGAGGACAACGUUCCUGGAAGAGAAUAGGAGACAGAGUAAAGGACUGGGAACACUCUUCAUUUUCAAUGGAAUGAGGGCUGGUUCUGUUAGUUGCAGUCUCCUCUAGGAGUUUUUGUUUCUGACAUUGUGCCUUUGAAGCCACGGCAUUGUUGUAAACCACUUUCUUCAUGUUUUAUGGGUAAGUGGUGAGCAAACGAAGAGGUUGAAUCCAUCCUGAAAACAGGGCCAAAAAGGACUCUUAGUUUUUGGCAUCUGCUCGGAGCAGGACUUUCAGUAGUUUUCAGUAGUUCUGAAAGGCACGGAGAAAAACUUCUGCUGCCAUGGCAGAUCAUGUUAUUGAGGAGUCCGAAAACUACACUGGCAAAGAUGAGCUGGACUGGGGCUAUGAAGAAGGCGUUGAGUGGGGUCUUCUGUUUCCUGAGGCAAAUGGAGAGUACCAGUCCCCCAUAAACCUGAAUUCUAGAGAGGCACAAUAUGACCCUCGGCUCCUGGAAGUGGGGCUUAACCCUAACUAUGUAGUUUGCAGGGACUGUGAGGUCAUCAAUGAGGGUCACACUGUGAGGAUCAUUCUCAAGUCCAAAUCAGUUGUUACUGGUGGCCCUCUGCCCAGAGACCAUGAGUAUGAAUUGAGCGAGGUGCGCUUCCACUGGGGAAAAGAGAACCAGAGGGGUUCUGAACACACUGUAAACUUCAAGGCCUUUCCUAUGGAGCUUCAUCUAAUCCACUGGAACUCUACAUUAUUCAGCAGCAUGGAGGAGGCCAUGGGCAAGAAAAAUGGCAUACUCAUCAUUGCCCUAUUUGUGCAGAUAGGGAAGGAACAUCUUGGGCUGAAGGCCAUCACAGACGUCCUGCAAGAUCUGCAGUAUAAGGGGAAGACAAAAAUAAUUCCAUGUUUCAACCCGAACACAUUAUUACCUGAUCCUCUCCUAAGAGAUUAUUGGGUGUAUGAGGGCUCUUUAACCACACCGCCUUGUAGUGAGAAUGUCAUCUGGAUUCUCUACCGUUACCCACUAACCAUCUCUCAAAUGCAGAUUGAGGAGUUCCGUCGGCUCAGGUCUCACAUUAAAGGAGCAGAGCUUCUGGAAGGGAAUGAUGGGAUGCUGGGAGACAACUUUAGACCCACCCAGCCCCUGAGCGACAGGGUGGUCAGGGCAGCAUUCCAGUAGAACCUCCACAGCAGGAUCCGUUUUAAUCUGGCAGGGAGACAAGAAAUGAAGACAUUGAAAGGAAGGCCCAAGAACAUCCUGGCUUAAAACUGGAGUAUGUAAAUUCUGCGACACUAGCGCCACUGACCGGAAUUGCAAAAAUAAACAUUGUUUUUAAAACAGAUAUCUGAAUACUCUGCUUGCCUGCAGUUGUUCAAACAGUCAGAUAGUCCCGCCCCCAACUCAUGCCACUGAGUGCUUGUAGCAUGUCUGUGGUCCUAUAAAUGUGGCUUUAUAGGAAUAUCUCCUUACACAGUACAAUAUAUAUGACUGACCAACGUUGAAUGAACUCAUUUUACGAGUUCACAUGUUCAUCCUUUAGAGUGGUAAGGGUAAACAGAUUCAGUUAAUAAUGGAGGGACUUAAGCACAAGACUCGAGUUACCCCCCUGAACUUCUUCAUUAAUUUAAGUUAUGUAAUAUAAAGUAGAUAUGUUACAAAUAAAGGUGGAGUUUGUGUGGUGUAAGGAUGCCAGAGGAAUUGACUCGUUGGCAUUACACAAUUGUUUGGCAAAUACUUUUAUCCAAAGAAACUAACAAUGCAUUCAAGGUUUACAUUUUUAUUUAUAUGUGUAUUUCCUGGGAUAUGAACCCAUGGCCUUUGUGUUGCUAGCACAAUACUCUACCAGUUGAGCUACAUCUAUUAAUUUAAGGGAAAGGUAAGCUGCCUCUUAUACAGUAUAUCCUUGUGUUGUGAUUGACAAGACUAAACAAGCUUCUCCCAAACUUUUGUUUAAAACUCCUUUUCCAUACAAAGUUUUUCUUUUUACAUAAUUUUUGAUACACUAAUAGAGGAUCAUUCAUUAAUCAUGAAGAGAAUCUGUUUAGUGAUAUAAAAAAGACAAUCAGUUUAGUCAUAUCUGAGGAUUAAAAAAUCAACCAUACAUUUGACACAAUAAAGGCUUUCUUGCACAUCAGUUCUAGCAUCGAAAUAAAUGCUGUUGAAUCGAUAGAACUGCAAUUGAUCACAGCUCCAAUGAUUGGUUACAUGGAUGUAUUUUUUCUUUAUCAACUUCAUAAUUAAUGAAUAUGAAGGACUGUAGGUAUAUGAGCAUUUGUUUAAAUGUAAUAUUUGUUUUAGAUUUGUGUUGAUGGUCUGUAGUCUGUGUGGAGAUAUCUGUUACCACUCACAUCUGCUUUUAGCACAGCAGGUGGCAUCUAGAGCCACAGUUUAAUAGAUAAAUGGUCUUUUGUUCUUUCAUCAUCUUGCUUUUUGCAGAACUCUUUAGCAAGACCAUAGAUCUCUUUUACUCCCCUUUAAAAGGAAACAUGAUUCUUUGACAGAUAUGUGUGUCUGUAUCAGUGGCAUAGCCAGAAACAAGACUUUGGGCAUGCCAAGAGAAAACUGGGUGUGCAAGAACUAAAGCACAAUUAAGUGAAAUAUAAUAAAAUGACAAUUAACAACUAUUGCAUCAGUUUCUUUUUGGCUAUAUAUAUAUAUAUAUAUAUAUAUAUAUAUAUAUAUAUAUAUAUAUAUAUAUAUAUAUAUAUAUAUAUAUAUAUUAAAUCUCUGUGUAGUUUAAAUGACUGAAAAUAAAUUAAAUGGUGUAAGUUGCCCUGUU